GAAUCGCCAAAAAGGGUCACCAUCAACCAGUCAAUUGGCAUUUUUCGGGAAACGCACGCGUGAUUAAGGCUUGUGUUAACGAGUCUCUUGCGUUUGCCAUGUUUCGUCACUGGGCUCUGCCGCCGUCGCAGCGCAUUUCACUUUGUUUGCGAGGCGGCUCGCCGAGUCCCCUUGCCCGUCACCAAUGCCGACAAUUUGCACAAACAGCCCGAUGUCUUAGAGAGAACAAUGGUUCUUCGAAUGGAAACUCGAAAGCAGCUGAGAACGAGUCGGUCGAUGUCCAAAACAAACCGCAGGGUGGCGUGGUAUGGAAGAGCCUGUCUGACGCACUCUCGUCCUCCGAUCGAACUACACGACCUCCCAAAUCUGUAGAGUCGCCGAACUCGAAAAGUACAGACAGCAACCAAGCGAAUACAAAAGCAUCAACAAGAACACGGGGCAAAAAUGGCAAAGGAAAGGGCACCCGAUCCAAGUCCAAGGGCGCCAAAGCGUCUGAAGGCUCGGAUGGCUUGCAUGUACACAAAAUCUUGCCAGCAAAGCUUGAGCUCAAGCAUGUCCCUACCGACGACAAAAAGCUACCACCCCGACUCUGCCAUAAGCUUGACCGCACGCUAUUCAACCCUGGAGGAGCCUACCAUAUGCAAGACCCCCGAUCCCGUGUGUACAAUUUCGACCCGUAUCUCGCGACAAUCAUGCCAGUCGAAGAAUUCGAUUACGACGCUUUAAAGGAAUACAUUACAUCAUCCAAAGAUACCAAGUUGAGGGACCUGGCCGCAGCGCAUAACAAAAAGUACUGUGGUUCAACAUCGAGUUUGACUGCGGUCCUUGGCCAUUUUCACUUCCUCUUUUCGGCCUGGCGCAUGCCUCGCAUGGACAACUUAUCUAAAAUGCUGGAGAUUGAAUCAAAAAACUUCACUCAAAUCCUUCGAGCACCUGCUGCAGUUUUUGCUCACUUGGACAACGGCGUCUAUGCCAUUGACGCAGACAAGCAGCAUGAUUCGGCCAACAUUCUAAGUACAUUAGGCAAAUCCCUCGAAAAGUUACUUACACUGCCUCGAGACGACUUUGAAAAGUAUCGCAGAAGCAAAUCACACCAGCUUACAGAAGAGGAGAAGAAUGCUGAAGAGCCAUACUACUACAGCACAUUAGGAGACUUCAUGAUGCGAUCCCAGCUAGAUGCCUACGACCCCAGACUUCCCGGCACUGGCGUUUUUGAUCUGAAAACCCGCGCUGUUGUUUCUAUUCGUAUGGACGUCAAAGGCUAUAAGAAGGGCGUUGGAUAUGAGAUCCGAGAGCGAUAUGGUCAAUGGGAUUCUUUUGAAAGAGAAUACUACGAUCUUAUCCGUGCAGCCUUUUUAAAAUACUCGUUACAAGUACGCAUGGGUAGCAUGGAUGGUGUCUUUGUGGCGUUCCAUGACACCCAUAGGAUAUUCGGCUUCCAAUACAUUAGCCUGGCGGAAAUGGAUUAUGCCCUCCAUGGCACAGCAGACACAAGACUAGGCGACCAAGAGUUCAAAGCAAGUAUAAAACUUCUUAAUGAACUCAUGGACAAGGCAACCGAGCGCUUCCCCGGCAAGACACUCCGAAUUUGCGUUGAAACUAGACCUACAAAGGUGCCCCUGACGUAUUUCUUUGCCGAACCCGUCACGGAUGAAGAAAUGAGAAGCAUGCAAGAAAAGAGCAAUGAGUCUGCCGAGAAUGUAGUCAAGGACAUUCAGAGUAUUAAUGAGGAGCAACAAAAUGCUGAGCUAACGGUCGAAUCCGACGAAGCGGAGAGCGCGGAGAGUGAAUCAGCCACAGAAACAGAACAGGCUGAGCCUGUCUCUGAUGCUGAGUUCGAAUUACUGGAAGAUAUUCAAAAUGAAGCCGCAUGGGGAGACAUGAUGGCCAAGGUCGAUGAAACUGUCGAAAGCGAAUCGCUCGGUAUCAAAUCAGUACGCGAGGCUGUACAGGAUGCCCUCGAGAAGAGCGGCCUCUUCCAGGGGAAAACGGAACUGGAGCGCGAGAAGUAUUCAGAUGACCUUGCCACCUCGCUGGCUAAGUACUCGCUAGAAUCGCGAGAUCUUCGCGAUGCAGCACGCCAAGACCUAGAAGAGGCCACUGAGAACGAGAAGGUUGAAGAGACCCAAGCUGAGAGCCAGUCUGAAGCUGAUAAGUCCCUGGCAACUUUGAUUCUCAAGGUUGCCGAAUCGAUGAGCGACAAGGAGGCCGACUUGGAUAAGCUACAGCGCAUCUUUACGGGACAGUCAUCUUCUACAGAGGUUCCCCAAGAACAGGAAACGUCUGACAAGACAGCUGUGGAGGACGCCAGUGAAGAAGCCGCGAGCGCUGAGAAUACAGAGGAGAACAAGGAAAUCUUGGGCAUGUACGUGACGAUUCGAAAUAAGGUCAAUGGCAAAUAUGUCGAACGUGCAGAGGGAGGCGACAACGUCAGAUGGGCCAUUGAGUACGCCAUUACAGAGCUUGCAGACGAAAGCGCACAAAGAAUCUACAAGCAGGUAAACAAGCGACGGCGCUCAAUCCUCGAUGAGAACCCUCAAAAGUCUCGCGAGUGGUACCGUAUGUUCCGUGGCCAAUUACCGGCGAGAACCCGCGAGGGACGAAAGUUCCGUGAAGCAAGACGCAAGGAAGAAGGCAAAAAGAUGGUGCAAGUUGCUUGGCUAGAUGAGCCGUGGGCGCUUACCAACGCACCGUCUAACAAGAAGAAAGAUACCCAGGAAUCAAGUGACCAGAGUAAGGCUGUAGAGGACCAAGCACAAUAGAGUGCAAUCUAGCGUUGAUCCACAUUGUAUUAUUAGCAAAACGGUGUAAGUCUGUUGGUUCCCUGACUACGUUUGGGCAGGGGAUAUACAGUUCUCACGUACAUAGGCAGCUCCGCACAACCAUGUAUACUAUCAAAACUUUACUUUUCAUUCAUUUCCGCGUAAACGCCCAACCCCACGUGCUUAAGAUGGGAAAGGGGACCUCGGGACUGCACUGCAGCUUUGCGGAGCGAGCCGAUGCUCCGGUGCUGCGGCUGAACACCCACCGCGUCACAAAGUAGGAUCGGAGGGCCUUUUGGGAUCUCGUUUACAUAGCCCCAGCCUGCUAACCCGCUUUUCGUCGGUGACCUACCAGAGAUGUAAUGUUUUGUUUGUUUUUCUCGGAUCACGAAACAGUUGUCAGCAGCCAAGACUUCAAUAAAGUGAGCUUGAUUAGUGGGGGACCGCGCAAUAGGCCCAGCCGUGCAAUUGCCGCAUCGUGGCCCAGGCGGCUUAGAUCAACCAA